UAGCCUAGGAGACAGAGUGAGACUCCUUCUCGGGGAAAAAAAAAAAAAAAAAAGGCCCAGACACUGGUCUGGGAAGAGGGGGCCUCUGAGGCCUGAUCUGAGCCUGUCCUCUCUCCUGACCCUCUCAUCUCCUGACACUCCCUCCCCCUGCUCUCUGCUCCAGCCAGUCUCACUGAGGCUCUUGCACUGACUAUUCCCUCUCUCCUGAAGCGCUUCCUGGGGGCUGGCUCUUCAGCAACCUGGGGAUCUCUUCUGACCCUCUCCCUCCCCCAUCACCAAACUCUGGAUGCCUCCUGUGCCUCCCUCCCUUCCUCUCCUUUACAGUCACUGCUUCACCCUCCCUUCUUGGUAUUAACCCAGGACAGUCUAGGAACCUGGAGGUGUAGGUGUGAAGUGACCUUGGGCGGGUUAGGUGAGUUAAUGAGUUGCCAGUGUGACCAGGAGGCACCAUUUUACUGGGCAGGCACUGAAGGGGCAAGGGCGGGGAGGGCUGGAAGCACAGAGAGACCUUUUCUGCCUUUCUGUCCGGUCCACUCAUCUGUGUCCUAACUGGAAGCCCGCAGGAGGGGCCAUGACUUGCUCAAGGUCACCAGCAUCAUGGAAGAGGCUGAGUCAGGGGUGCAGAGGGAGACAGACUCCUGACCAAGCCAUGUUACUGUUCUUUUCCAAGCCAAAGUAGCCUCGCUGUGAAUGGGGGCUCCCCAUUUUGUGCCCACCGGCAGGGUGCCUGACUAUGGAGCCACGUGAGGCCCAGCUCUGCCACUCUGCAGCCCCUGGGGGCACCAGUGUGCUUGCUGAUUUCUUUCCUCCUGGGCCCAACCGUCCAGUUUCUUCACCUCCUAUUCAGACCUCAUCUUGUGCUGGCCACCAGAGUCUCAGAUGACGGAUCCUCAGAGCUCAGACCUCUCCCGUGCUUUCCUUGGGCCCCUCCUGGGCUUCUGUUACCUGCUGGGUGGGCUUGGUGACCCCUGCCCCUGGAGCUCUCCCCUUAAAUCAGCCCAUCCCAGUCAGAAAUCCCUAUGCUACCCCCUCAGUGGCUCAUCGCUGCUCACUGGGAUCUUUCUUUCUCUAACUGAAACGUUAAAAUCUGGUUCUCAUCUUUCCCCUGCAUAACCUCUGUGAAAAAUGUCAGACACCUUAGCCCCAGCAGGUUUCCUGCCUGCACUUCCUCUCCGGCCUCUCUCUCCCAGGGACGCAGAUUCCAUCCCUCUAUUCACAUGAGCAUCCAGAGCCUACCCUGUCCUAGCCCCUGGGGAUAGAACAGUGCUCAAAACAAAGUCCCCACCCUGUGGGGGCUUGAGUUCUAGCUGGGGGAGACAGACAGACAAGAGACAAGAUAAAUCACACAUAUAGUAUGAUGGGUGGCUGUGAGCACUAUGGAGAAACAUUGGGAAAGGAAUACAGGGAACCCCUGGGGAGGCGAUUCUGCAGUUUUAUAGCAGAAUCAGGGAAGACCUUACUGUGAAGGCAACAUUUGGGCAAAAGCCUGAAGGAGGUAAGGGAGGGAGCCAUGCAGCUACAGGAAGGACAGCACUCCAGGCAGAAAGAACAGCAGGUGCGGAGGUCCUGGGGUGCAUGCGUGUUCUGGGAACAGCAUAGGGCCAGGGUGGUGGAGUGGGUGAGUGAGAGGGGGCAUGGCGGGAGGCAAGCUCAGAGGAUUGAUAUGCAGGCAGCGUGGGCCAAUUAUCCAGAGCCUUUUGGGUCAUCUUAAAGCAUUUGGUUUUUACUCUGAUGAGAUGGGAAGCCAUUACAGGGCUCCGUGCAGAAGAGGUACAUGUUCUGACCCAGUAUUGGGGUUGCAAAGAGACUUCAGAGGUCAAGGAUGGAAGUAGAGACCAGUUAGGGAGAGAAAGAGAUGAUGGAGGCUCAGACCCAAUGACAAGCAGUCGUGAGGGGUGAGAAGUGAUUGGAUUUUUACAUGUUGGAGGUAGAGCCCAUAGGAUGUGGGUGUGAGGGAGGAGGUGAGGUCGGUGGCAUGGAUCACUAACUGGAAAGAUGGGGUUGUGGGAGGGGCAGAUCUGGGGAGAAAGACACAAUGCAGGCAGCCUGUGCACAGCACUUAGAGCUUUCUCGCCAGCCAUGUGUUGGUGGGUACGUGCCUCAGUGCCUUUGCACGUGCUGGCCUCUGUGCCUGGAAGGCUUCUCCUGCCCCAUCAGAACUCCAUCUGCCUUCUCAAGGGUCCCUUCUGUGAAUCUGUCCCUUCACCCCUCAUUCCCAUCUGUUCCUCUUUCUGCUUUGUGCACAUUCGGGACCUCGCACGCAUCACAGAGCCAUUACCGUAUUGUGCCCCAGAAGGUGCCCCAGAAGUUAGGACUGAGUGCCAUCCAUCCCUUAAGCCCUGUAUUUGCGAGUUCCUAACCCUUCAGUGUCCCCCACACAGUGGGGACUCAACCAGAGACUGCCUGGGGACCUGGGUGGACUCCUGGCUCUACUGUCUGUUCCCAGGUAUCUGGGAACCCACGUUGGGUUGCUCGCCUUGCCUGCAUGGGCCUCGGUGUCUAUCUCUGUCAAAUGGGCGUGAUCUUUCCCUCCCUGCCGCGGAGUGUCUCCCUGAAGAGCCUGCUCUCAAGGAGGAUCCCGAAAGCAGGGGUUAGCGCGCCCUCUGCUGGACAACUCCGCCCGCUCUGCUCCCCUGUCCCCCAAGUGGCCCGGGGGAGGUGAAGUAAGGCGGGGCGCGGAGCGGGGGGGCGGCACUGCAGGAGAGGAGGGUGAGCUGCUGCACCCGAACAUUUCCAGCGCACCCUACACACAUGUCCUUACUUAAUCCCUAGCCUGACUCUGUGGAAGGGCUUAGGUGAGACCCAUUUUCCUGAGUGCCUACUUGCUUCCUACUUGUUACUGAAUUUCUUACUCGUUGUUAUCGUUUUUGUUUUGUUUUGUUUUGUUUUGUUUUGUUUUAAGAGGAGAAGCGACUCAGAGAGAAAAGGGGCAAAGAAGGCUGGGCAGUGUAGAGGAAAGAAAAGGCGCGAGAGGAGGAGAGUGCCCGGGUGACCGCGAGGCCUCUGAAGAAUGGCUGAAGACCAGACCCAUCUACAUGGGGCUGGGAGGGGAGGUCCCGUCACCGCCCAGCCGCCGACUCAGCUGAGGGAGACCUUAGCCAGCCCCUGCCACUCCGCGGGCUCGGUUUCCUCGCCUGUGAAACGGGGGGGAUGACUCCCCUCCCCGCCGCGACUGCUCAUCACCAGGUCCGAGCCCAGCCGCCGCCCCCGGGGGAAGCGCCUUGCCCAGCGCCGGGCGGCGCACGAGGCCCUGCAGGACCGCGGCUGCGGAGACCGUUCCCGCCGCGCGCCUGGGCUCCAGGGCCAGGCGGUCCGAGGUCCCUCUGGGCCUCCGUCUCCUUUCCAGGGAGGGGCACCGGCUAGGUGACACGGGACUCGCCGAGGGACUCGCCGUUUCCCUUCUCUGAGCCUGUAGUAGAUGAUGACAAUACUGUUUCCCUGGAGGAUCCUGCUUUGUUAAUAGUCACAGGUUACAAAGCGCUUGCCUUUCCCAGCCCCCUUAUGUCCCUUCCCUGUACAAAACCUGGGAGGUGGCCUAAUACCUAUCCCUGAUCUGCAGUUGACGAAACUCAAGCCCGGAGCGGAGUCACCUGCCUGAGCUCACCCUGAAAACCAGACCUGGACAUGACCUGAUAACUCAGUCCUUUCCUGCCCCUCAGCCAUCGCUCAGCCAGGGCCCCCGAGCUCCCUCCAGGACCUCCUCUGCCAACUGUCAAGUGCACCUGGACUCUGAGGGCUGGUGAGGGUGGGUGUGGGGAAGGAGAAACCCCUGUUGGAAAAAGGGACUGUGGGAAGGACGACCAGUUAGAGGGGCAGCUGUGAGCACAGGUGUGGGGUUAGGGAAUAAGGGUAGCCCUGCUGCUGGGAGGGGAGAAGGUGAUGACCGCCAACAGGAAAUCCCCAAGCCCAGCAAUUCAGGAAGCCCAGCCAAAGCCUUUUAUCCUGCAUCGGCGAUUUAACCCCAUGUAAACGCCAAGUGAAAGUUCUCUUGAAGAGACCGAUGGUCCUCGUUUUCCUGUAAUCCUGUAAAGGAAUCUGAUUUCUUCAUCAGACUGUCCCCAGGACUAAAACGCCUCAUUAGUGUUAUUCUUAGGAAGGUGUCUUCCUAGAUCAGGCUGCAAGGAAAUGGAGGAAGUGGCUAUCUGUCACUCACACCCUGGAGGGGCACUAAUUCCCAGAGCCUUAGGGGUGGGUGGGGAGCAGCUCAUUGAAAGCAGAGCUGGGUGGUGCACAGCAUGUGAAUGUAAAGGGGAUGGAGGAACCCAAGGAGGCCAGGCCUGGAGACAGCACCAAUCCUGGGAGGCACCAUUAGUAUUCCCAUUUUACAGAGGAGGAAACUGAGGUAGAGGCAGGUAACCUGAUCAUGACCACGCUGCCCCACAGCAGAGGAGCCAGAAUCCAAACCCACGCAGCCUGUCUUGCCACCAGAGCUGCACUCUUCACCCUCAAGCUGCAGUUAAGCAGUAUCACGCUGUGGCUAGGCCCACGGCCUCUGUGUUCACAUCCCAUCAGCUCUGCUAUCUCUAGCUGUGUGACCUUGGGCAAGUUACUUCUCUGUGUCCCAGGGUCCUCUGUAAAGUGGGGAUAGUAGUAGCUGCCUCAUGGGGUUCCCUUCAAUGAGUUAAUAGCUGUAACAUGUUUAGAAUGGUGCCAUGCACAGAGUCACCAGCCAGUAAAUAUGGGCCAUUAUUCCUGAACCCUGGAUAGGCACAUGUCCUUGAAGAGUGUAGAAUUCUUCAGGAUUCUGAAAUGCCAGCCUGUGGGAUCCGGGAAUCCUCCAACAGCAUUCUAACGGCUCUCGGCUGCAGAACUGCACCCUGUUUCCCAGCGCUGGAAGGUAUGAGGCUGCCUGUCCACCCAGCUCAGCCCCACAGUAGGCAAAUGAGGUGAUGUCAAAGCCUUGGCUGGGGCCCAGUCCCCAUAACCUCCCACUCUCCCUCCCCUGCGUGCUCCCUCACUCAGAUUCACACACACACUCCAGGCAGCCGGGCCCAGAGGGAAGCUGAGAGGGCGAGGAGGAAAGGUGGCUGGGUUGGUAUGUGGGUCUGUUGAAGUGAGCCGCCUCCAGCCCUGUUGGACUGGUGGGCCCAGGGACUGGAGCUGGAUGGAAAGGGAUCUUGCUCUCCCUUGAAGCCUCGAGUUGCAGCGGUUUCCGUGUCUUCUCCCCCUGUGUGAGCCUGUCUGGGUGUUUAGGCUGAACUACAGCCGCCUCCUCCUCCAGGGGUGUGCAGGCCAGGGCCUGGCCAGGCAGCAUGGCUGAUGAGAAGACCUUCCGGAUCGGCUUCAUUGUGCUGGGGCUUUUCCUGCUGGCCCUCGGUACAUUCCUCAUGAGCCAUGAUCGGCCCCAGGUCUACGGCACCUUUUAUGCCAUGGGCAGCAUCAUGGUGAUUGGGGGCAUCAUCUGGAGCAUGUGCCAGUGCUACCCGAAGAUCACCUUCGUCCCUGCUGACUCUGACUUCCAAGGCAUCCUCUCCCCAAAGGCCAUGGGCCUGCUGGAGAACGGGCUUGCUGCCGAGAUGGAGAGACCCAGUCCCCAGCCACCCUAUGUAAGGCUGUGGGAGGAAGCCGCCUAUGACCAGAGCCUGCCUGACUUCAGCCACAUCCAGAUGAAAGUCAUGAGCUACAGUGAGGACCCCCGCCCCUUGCUGGCCCCUGACACGGGGCAGCCGAAGCUGGGAACCAGUGAUGGAGGAGAAGGUGGCCCUGGCGACGUUCAGGCCUGGAUGGAGGCCGCCGUGGUCAUCCCCAGGGGCUCAGAUGAGAGUGAAGGGGAAAGAUGGCUAACUCAGAACUGGCCUGGCCCUCCGGCCUGUCCCCAGGGCCCUGCCCCCUUGGCUUCCUUCCAAGAUGACCUGGACAUGGGCUCCAGUGAAGGCAGCAGCCCCAAUGCAUCUCAACAUGACGGGGAGGAAGCUUGUUCCCCACGACAGGAGCCUCGGGGCUGCAGGUGCCUGCUGGACCACUUCCAAGACUUUGCCCUGAUCGAUGCCCCAACAUUGGAGGAUGAGCCCCAAGAGGGGCAGCAGUGGGAAACAGCCCUGCCCAACAACUGGCAGUGGUACCCAAGGACAAAGGUGGAGGAGAAGGAGGCUUCGGACACAGGUGGGGAGGAACCUGAGAAGAAAGAGGAAGACCUGUACUAUGGGCUGCCAGACGGCCCCGGGGACCCCCUCCCGGACAAGGAACUGGAUUUUGAGCCUGACACCCAGGGCUGAAUUGGUUGUGCUCCGUAGCUUCUAGUCUAGAACUGCUGCUAACCCCUGCGUGACAUCACAGGGCCUCAGUUUCCCUAUCUGCAAAAUGGGAUGAUAUGGAGGUUCAAUGAGAUGGUGGCAUUUUGAGAAUGGUAAAGAAAUGCACAGGGAGGGGAUGGUGACUA